ACCAUAUAUACUUUAUAAAAUCGAAACUAGGAAGCAUAUCUGGUAUUACUAGCCAAUAUGCCGAGCAAAUACAGCGACGAUGUAGCGCUGGAAACGAAUCGUGAAGAAACUUCAGAAGAAAGCCCACAAAAUCUCGCCAACCCAGGGGAUAAUGUUCCUCCAGAAGGAAGACCACGGGAUUCUUCCGUAGAGUCUAAUGAUGAGGACGAUAUUGAUUACAGACCUUCAACUCCAUCUGAAAAUGAACAGGAUGGACCACAACAAAAAUCGUCCUCUAGAAAUCCGUUCGCUGACAGACAGAACUUCGUCCGACAAUUAUGUGACACCUCCUUGUUGGCAGCCAAUGUUUCACAACUCCGUGCCGUGUUGGACGGAAGUUCGACCGAAAACAUUUACUUUUGGCCACUGAUUGUUAUGAUCAGUUUGUCAAUUCUCAUGCACAUCGGAUUUGGAAUUCUAAUGAUUCAGAGGUGGAGAAAAGAAAGGGAGGCAGAAAUGGAACACAGAAGAAAUAGCAGCUCGGUUGCAGGCACACCUACUCCUGACUCUAACGUCUUAGCAAAACAAGCAAAAGGAACUCUGUGCUUUUGUUCGCCAUGUUUAAUGGUAGAAAAAUACGACGAAAUCAGCUUGUUCUUCAUGCUUUUACUUGUUGUUUUAAAUGUUGGUAUUGCAGGACUGGGGCUAUAACAAGCGCCAUCAAAUCUUACGUAACUGAGAUAUUUACAACUCAAGUACCAGUUUUCAUCAUCCAUAAAAUAACAUUUUUUAAAUCAAUAAUUAUUUUUUAAUUAGUUUCAUAUAAAGAUUUGUAUUUUAUUUUGUAUAGAGAGAAAAAAAAGACAACUUAUAUCACAGGCACCUAACAUUCACUUUGAUUCGCCAGUUCCUUUUUAAUAUAUAAGAAAUGUUUCCUAAAAAUUCGUGGAAUCUAUGUCAAUUAUUCAAUUCCCAUUGGUAUUUUGCACUUUUAUCAGACUCUUUGAAAGUGACACAGUUUUACUGGGUGAAAAUAUUACCCUUAUCGCUGCUAGUUUCUGAUUUUGUAGGCAUUUGAAGCGAGUGGGUAUACAUAUAGUAUUUAUUUAUCUGGGUUAGAUAGAUUCCUUUUUAAGCGCUAAGCGGAGCUUAUUGCUGCCAGUUGGAUUUUGCUUUCGUCAUCAUGUUUCCGGUUUAUCGCCUAUAGGGGAAAGGCUAUAAGCCCGUGAACUGAUCCGACCGGAAACUCUGUGCACUCAAACACACACAAAUUGCAUACGUCAUACCUUCUACUUUCGUUUUCCUAUAUAUGAUGCUGUACUCUGUUCACGGGCCUGAUUCUAACACGAAUUAAAAUGUGAUUCAGUUUCCGGGCCUGACUUUAAUACUAAUUAGGAUAAGAUUCAGUUCACGGGCCUCUAAUUAGGAUAUGAUCCAGUUCACGGGCCUGACUCUAACACUAAUUAGGAUGUGAUUGAGUUCACGGGAUUGCUUCUAACACUAAUUAGGAUGUGAUUCAGUUCACAGG